CAGCAGUGCGGGGGGCCUAACGGCUGCUCAGGGAGCCCCGCGGAAGCGCAGUGGCGCCGUCACUGCCAUUCCCGGGCGCAGCGGCCUGGGACCCGCGGAAAGGCCUGGGGGGGGGGGGGGGGCCGGGAGAUGCGCGGUUGAGCGGAGCCGCAGGGCCCAACUGGAGUUGCAGGGUCCUGGUGGUGGGCGCGCUGCGCUGUCCCAGUGGCCGGCAGGAAGCAGUACCUUGAAGAGGAGUUGGAGGAAAAGUGAAUUCUUAGAACAACAAAGACAUGGAGAGCAGCAAACAGGAUGUCACCGCUCCUCUGAUCUUUGCCAUCUCCAUUGCUACAAUAGGCUCUUUCCAGUUCGGCUACAACACUGGAGUCAUCAAUGCUCCUGAGAUGAUCAUAAAGGACUUCAUCAAUUACACCUUGGAGGAGAGGUUGGAAGACCCUCCCUCUGAAGUGUUACUCACUUCCCUCUGGUCCUUGUCUGUGGCCAUCUUUUCCGUUGGUGGUAUGAUUGGCUCCUUCUCCGUUGGACUCUUUGUUAACCGCUUUGGCAGGCGCAAUUCAAUGCUGAUUGUCAACCUCCUGGCUGUUGCUGGCGGCUGCCUUAUGGGGUUCUGCAAAAUUGCCGAGUCGGUUGAAAUGCUGAUCCUGGGCCGGUUAGUUAUUGGCCUCUUCUGCGGCCUCUGCACAGGUUUUGUGCCCAUGUACAUUGGCGAGAUCUCUCCGACUGCCCUUCGGGGGGCUUUCGGUACUCUCAACCAGCUGGGCAUCGUCAUCGGAAUCCUGGUGGCUCAGAUCUUUGGUCUGAAAGGCAUCAUGGGGACAGAAGACCUUUGGCCCCUGCUUUUGGGCUUCACCAUCAUUCCAGCUGUCCUGCAAAGUGCAGCCCUUCCGUUUUGCCCUGAGAGUCCUAGAUUUCUGCUCAUCAACAGAAGGGAAGAGGAGAGGGCUAAGGAGAUCCUCCAACGAUUGUGGGGCACCCAGGACGUGAGUCAGGACAUCCAGGAGAUGAAAGAUGAGAGCGCGAGGAUGGCGCAAGAGAAGCAGCCCACCGUGUUGGAGCUCUUCCGAUCGCACAGCUACCAGCAGCCCAUCAUGAUUUCCAUCAUGCUCCAGCUGUCCCAGCAGCUGUCUGGAAUCAAUGCUGUCUUCUAUUAUUCAACAGGAAUUUUCGAGGACGCAGGUGUUAAGGAGCCCAUCUAUGCCACCAUUGGCGCGGGUGUGGUUAAUACCAUCUUCACCGUCGUCUCUCUGUUUCUGGUGGAAAGGGCAGGGAGGAGGACUCUGCAUAUGAUUGGCCUCGGAGGGAUGGCUGUUUGUUCCAUCUUGAUGACCAUCUCCUUGUUGUUGAAGGAUGACUAUAAUUGGAUGAGCUUUGUUUGUAUUGGGGCUAUCUUGGUCUUUGUGGCCUUCUUUGAAAUUGGCCCGGGCCCCAUUCCCUGGUUUAUCGUGGCCGAACUCUUCAGCCAAGGACCCCGCCCAGCUGCAAUGGCAGUGGCUGGUUGUUCCAACUGGACCUCCAACUUUCUCGUUGGGCUACUCUUCCCUUCAGCUGCGUUCUAUCUAGGACCCUAUGUUUUUAUCAUCUUCACUGGCUUCCUCAUCAUCUUCUUGGUCUUCACCUUCUUCAAAGUCCCUGAGACCCGUGGCAGGACUUUUGAGGAAAUCACACGAGCCUUUGAAGGGCAGGCACGGGAUGCUAACAGAGCUGAGAAGGGCCCCAUCGUGGAGAUGAACAGCAUCCAGCCAGUGAAGGAGACUGCCACUGUCUAAGCCAUGCCUCCUUCCCGCCUCCCUCCCAACAUGGAAAAGCCACCUCUCCCCCAGAUGAGGGAGAGACCUCAUCAGGUUGUAACCCAGGACUGUUUCUGAAUGCUGCUACUUGAUUCCUUUCUCUUCCCACACACUCCAUGAGCACUCAGAGGAACCCAGUGCUGGAGCUAGUAUCUUCAGUGGCUUUCGAAACAUUUCAUUUCUUGGACAUUUUCUCUUCUGUUGAGGAGAGACCAAGUGAACCUACCUUCAUUUCAGGAGGAACUGGCCGCUUGCCAUAUGACAACAUUGCCAGCUCUUCCUCCCUUGGGUUCUAACAGGGCCUCGUGAGGGCCAGUAGGGGGGUAAGAGUGAGGUGCAGUUUCCCUGAUCCCAGACUUUCAGGAAGCAGAUGUACAUGAGUGUGGAGGGCAGAAAGGGAUUAAAUAAGAGCACCUUCCUUGCUUCCAUACAGCUCUGCAGAGCAAAUUAACUUGAGUUUAUUUAUUUAAUCUUCUGGUUUUAUUGCAUAAAUAUUUAUUUUUUUAAGUGUAAAAUAAUUUUACCAAAUAAUGAAAACAUAAGGAAAUUGAGGAUAGAGGGAGGCGCGUGAGGAGAGGUUAUAGGGUAGAAGAUGCGAUACUGGAGAGAGAGGUCGAGGUGCAAUAGGCCGAUUCAGGGAGAAGCAUAACGUGUUCUCAGAGGGUAUAUGAUGGGGUUUGUGAAGUCUGCACGUUGCCUCUUAACCUUCAGGUGAAAACUCUAAAGUUUAAUUUCUCAGAAAAGUCAUGUGCCUGUAUUAAGAAGCUACUGGUUACUUUUCGAACUUCUUUCUUUGUUUAAAAUUAUAUAUAGUAUUACUGAAACCUAGGGUUAUUAUUAAGAUGGGCAUUAUAGCUAAUGGUGGUGGGUGGGUUCUAACUUUGGUUGGAGUCCGGAGAAGGGAAGGUUAUUUCUAGAAAUCUUUCUCCCCUCCCUGGACAAAACUACUUCCCCUUGUUGCAGACUCAUGGGGUAGGGGGUGUUUUAAGUAUUCCUAACACCCGCCUGGUAGGAAAACCUUCCAAAUGAAAAGCCCAAAAUAGUGGUUCUUGGUAGAGGUUCUGUAUUUCUCCAUUUUGUUCUUUAGGAGAUUUUAGUUGUUGAUUUUUAAUUAUAUUUAAGCCAUAGCUUUAAAAGAAUUCAGAGGAGAAUGUUCAUAAACUAACUUGGAACUUGUAACCUCAGCUCUGGAAGAGGAUUUUUCCUGAACGAUUAUUACCUAGUUAAGUAUGUUACUGCUUAGGGUCGUCGCAUCCAUAUUUGCAUAGUGUGACGGCAGGUGCCCUUAGGGGACCAUACAUUUGGGGUAGUAUGAGUAAAUGUGCAGUGUAGCCCACACUUGAGAGAGAGUAUGAAUGUAUGUGCACUGUCACUUUGCUCUGGGUGGGAGUAGAUGACUGGUAACUUGUGUCCUCUGUUCCUACAGCCCCCCCUUUGAAUAAAAGGUAUUCAGACUCAUCUCUCUAUAUAUAUAUACUUAUAUAUAUAUAUAUAAAACAACUGCCUUUGCUGGGUAGAAUUUGUAUCUACAGUUUUAUUCCAGAGUUCAGGCUCAUCUGGCUAAUUUUCCAUGUCGGGCAAUUGGGGGAGAACACCUUAAAUCUUGAGAUGGAGGGUGGAGGACUCUGCCUCCCUCUAUACCCACACAGUGGCAGUGGGAAAGGAAAGUGUGAGAUCAGAACAUAUGGCCUCUUGGAGGGGAGUGGGAGGAGAGAGGGAGCCUUUCUUUUAAGGGGAUAAUAAACAAAGUGAAGACUUCUAACUGUAGAGCAUUUUAGAGUCAGACAAGGUGGAGGGAGGGAUGUACGCUUGCCUCAGGUCAUGGACACCUCUACAAAUCAUCUAGUUUCCCAGUAUUUUUAUAAAUGAAGAUUCGGCCCCAUGACACCUACUCUGUCUUCCCUCUUUCAUAUGUUGCUUGAUCACCCUUCUCUCCUUGGUGCUUAACAUAUUUCAGACCCUUUAGCCAAAUCCUUGCCCUUAACAGUAUUGUAGUCACCAGUUCUCACUGUAACCCCUGGUCACAGCCUAUGGAAAAGAAACUCACAGAGCUUCUAUGGAAUGGGGCUUGGUUGACCAGGUGACUUUAACCACCCCUCUGCUUCUGAAGACUCAAAAAACAGUGGGUUGGCAGUAACGCUGUGUGGAAGUUUUCCCAUUUCUCGGUGACCAGAUUGUGAAUAUUUGCAAAUGGAUUUUCUAUUAUUAAUGUUACUGUGGUUCUUUGUUUUGAAAUAAAAACUCUGAAUGUACAUAUGA